UCUUGGUGAUGUCUUCAACACUGACUGUAGUGCUUGGCACAUAGCAGGUGACACUGAUGAUAAAAAUCCGUUCAAGAAUUUAGAUGUGACAUCUGCAGCAGGUUCAGAUCUCUCAGCUAUAAGACAGACUGGAUACUUCAUAAGGAUUGUCACCUAUUGUGCAUAGAGAGUCAAAAUUCAUUACUGAAAUUGCCUGGGUUUGCUGCCUGCUGGGUCCAGUGAUGCACCUAGUAUACAAAGAAGUUGAAAGAGAAGUCUUGCAUAUUCUUUGGAGGACUGGCAGAGUAUAACAUCAUUGUGGAUCAAGCCUUACCGAGGCUUUACAAGGACGUUAUGACUAAAACAAAAUGGAAAAAAAUGGUACCUUUACAUUAGACCAGAUUUGAGUAUAUGUAAAGAGACAUCAGUCUAUCUGGAUUAUCAGGUCAUGCUUCAAUAAGACUACGGGAAAGAACACAUUUUCUUUUGGCACAAAAGUUCAGUAGAAAGAAGAAGUGAUUGAGUCCUACAAAGCUAGGAAGUUGUCCAAGGUCAUGUGGUUGGAAAUGCAAUAGAAUUCAGAUUCAAGCUUGUAUUUUUCUGGUUUGAACAGGCCAAUGAGUAUUCUCAUCAUCGAGGCAUUCUGUGGGGGCUCCCAUAAACAGCUGGUAGAUCUGCUCCAAGAAGAAUUGGAAGACUGUGCCGUUUAUACCCUCCCUGCAAAGAAAUGGCAUUGGAGAGCACGGACAGCAGCUUUAUACUUCUCUCAGAAUGUUCCUAUCAGUGAGCAUUACAGGAUUCUGUUUGCAAGCUCAGUGCUUAACCUGACUGAAUUGACUGCCCUUCGGCCUGACCUUGGGAAAUUAAAAAAGAUCCUGUACUUCCAUGAAAAUCAAUUAGUAUAUCCUGUAAAGAAAUGUCAAGAGAGGGAUUUUCAGUAUGGCUACAACCAAAUUCUUUCAUGCCUAGUGGCUGAUUUGGUGGUAUUCAACUCAGUUUUUAAUAUGGAGUCAUUUCUCACUUCUAUUGGAAAAUUUAUGAAGCUGAUUCCAGAUCAUAGACCCAAGGAUCUGGAAAACAUCAUCAGACCCAAGUGCCAAGUUAUUUACUUUCCCAUCAGGUUUCCUGAUGUGAGCAGAUUCAUGCCCAAGCACAAAAUAGCCCAUUUACAGAAGAUGCUCAGCCUUAACGGAAAUGGCGGUGCUACUCUAUCCAUGGCCCAUCCUUCCCAACCAAAACGGAGAGAUUCUGAAAAUUUAUUGGAGAAUUUUAAUUUAGAGUGUGAUGUACACUCUGGCCUCAAUACUGCACAAGAAAACCUGGACAGCUCAUCAAUGCAGGAAUCAGACUUUAAAAAAUCUAACUCGACAGAUAAUUCAAGCUCUCUUCCUGUGGAAAAGAAAGAGAAUCUGACUCAUAAUCCUUGUGACAUUUUGGGUGGAGCCGAUGAUCAGCCACAACCAUUGCACAUUGUCUGGCCUCACAGGUGGGAGCAUGACAAAGAUCCAGAGACAUUUUUUAAGGUAUUAAUGCACCUAAAGGAUUUAGAACUUCCUUUUCACAUCUCUGUCCUCGGAGAAACUUUUACAGAUGUCCCAGAUAUAUUUUCAGAGGCCAAAAAGGCAUUGGGAUCUUCGGUCUUACACUGGGGCUACUUACCCUGCAAAGAUGACUAUUUCCAAGUCCUGUGCACGGCUGAUGUUGUCAUCUCAACAGCUAAGCAUGAAUUCUUUGGAGUGGCAAUGUUGGAAGCUGUGUACUGUGGUUGUUAUCCACUUUGUCCCAAAGAUUUGGUUUAUCCCGAAAUAUUUCCAGCUGAAUAUCUGUAUUCUACACCUGAACAGCUUUCAAAAAGACUCCAGAAUUUCUGCAAGAGACCAGAUAUUGUAAGGAAACAUCUCUAUAAGGGUGAAAUAGCUCCGUUUUCUUGGGCAGCCCUACAUGGUAAAUUCAGGUCUCUGCUUACAAGAGAACCUAAGGAAGAUUUGUGACAGAUGGGGCUAAGUCACAAACUUGCAGCCUAAGGCAGAAUCUGAAGAACUUUCCAGAGUGUGCCCAUAUUUACCUGAUCAGAGAGAAAAGAAAAUCUGCAGAGGAAGCUGAGCCUGGCUGCUUGUCAUAGCUGACACAGAGCCAUCUGCCACAAACCUGUGGCGGCUUCAGAUCUCCAAUCCCUGCCACCACCCCAACUCAAAUUAAAUACAGAUUCCUAGAGACGUUAUGAUGGUUACACAUGUCCUCGGCAUCACAUGUAGGAGACUGUUCAAAAAAAAUAUGUGGCCUGUUGUAUAACCGCACUCAUGUAUCCCAUAUGUGGUGCCACAUUGAAUUUCCGGUUGAAUCCGUUUUUAUCCUUUGUACUGGAUGACAUGGUGCCUGAAUUCUUUCUUUUUGCCGACACGAUGGCAGCCAAACUGCAGCUUCAAACGCUCACACUUGGCUGGGUUUCUACCUGGGUUGCCAGGUUAUCAUCGGAGUCUUCCUGUGUCCUCAAAGGGCCACAGGGUCUGAAUGCAGGCUCCGAAUGUGCCCCAACUAAUUGGGCAGCCACCUCAAAAAUGUGGACAAAGGGCUGCUUUAGCAUUUUUCCUCUAGCAAAUUAAUGACUCUUUGGCACAGAAAUUUUUAAGUGAAGGUAUUAAUAAGAAGUCUGGCAGGUAUUCCCAUGAUUCACAGAGUUACAUUUGCAUUCAAUUAAUCUUAAAGAAAGUUGCAAGAUAAACAGCUGUAAUUCCAACAAACAUGGCAGAUACAGUCAGUGGAGCCCUCUCACCCAUAAAAUGAACACUGAGAUACUUGUUUUAAUUUUUUCCAGGAGUCAAAAUAGAGAAAUCAAAAUACUUCUAACAAAACUAGCAGUUUUGAUUAAAAUAUUGUUCAAAAAUAUCUGCAUCCAGCUACAAAUAUAAUAUUUGAAAGAUACAUCACUCAUGAUUCUGAUAGUCUGAUUCUGUAUUUGUUGAUAUAAAAAUGUUUUAAAUGGUUAGAUUGUGAAAUAAAUUUUUAAUAAAGUG